AUGCACAACCAGUCUCCGCUUCCCAGGGCUACCAUGCUUUCUGAGCCCAUGUUGAGGAGUGACUUUCAGCUCAUGUCUCGCUCCUCGGCAACCUCUCCAUGCCUUAUGCCGCCUCCUGCGGGUGACCGGCGGUUGUCCUGCGCCACAGGUCCAGGCCCUCCCUCGGACUAUCAGUCCGUCUCGGGUCCGGAUCUUGCAACAUCUCCCCACUACCCCCCUUUUGGCCGGUCCGUGGUACCCGCCAUGAACUCGCCCAGGGACGCCUAUGCCUUCAGUUCAUCUCCUGUCCCGGCACGUGGCGAAGCAUCUGGUACCACAGCCUCACCUUUAGGGUCAGGGGUCUCCUUCCAGUACGCUCAGGUCCAAGGAUACGGCAAUGAGGAUAACUGUAGCGAGCUGGGAUCUGAACCCGGUAACGGUCGAGUAAGCCAAGAAACAGAGGACCACUACGACCCUCAGAGCGACGACGAACCUGGCGACGACAGUGAAGAAAGAGGCGCCGGGAGCAGGACAACCCAUGGGCCGCUCAACUGCCCGUACCGCAAGAGAAACAGGCAGCGUUUCAACAUCCGCGAUCACGCCAAGUGCACCAACCCGUUCAAGGAAUUCAGCCAUCUCAAGUGCGCCCCCAUCAAGACUCCGAGACAGAAGCUUUUCUGUGUACGAACCCUGUAUCAAGGCCUCCGUGGACGAGUUUCCUGCCAUGGCAAAAAAAGCCAUGGAUGA